ACCUCAUCUCAUCAUUGAGACGGGAUUUCAUCUUCCCAUACCGAUGCAACAUCGCAUCUCCGAAAAUCCGUCAUAAGCAUUCUGUCGUUGCCCUGAUGUUGUCGCGGCCCUCGGGGCUUUUUCGAUACUUUGCACACGUCAGCACCUGUACCUAUUCGCAUUCACCGAACCAGGCGCUCAUAGCUCCCCCGUCUCAACCUGAAGCUCCUCUACUCCGUACCCAUUCAACAUUUCCCGCCAUACAACCCCAAUCGGCGCAUCCGUUGCCCGUUUUCGGCUUCAACCUGAAGAGAUGGACGAAAAUCCAACGUCCCGUCCGUCCACGUCACCUGGCAAACCGCAAGUUCGGGAAAGGCACCUCUAGAGUCCCUGCGCACCCGUCAAAGCCACAGCUCCUAUCUUGGCUAUUCCUGCGUCCCUUGACAAUUCCACCGAGCUCAACCAUCACCACGGUCGAACUGGCUUGGUUCUGCACAAGUUGCUCUAUGCAACACGCUUAUAGACUCUGCCUUUACGUCCAGCGCAUACGCAGCAGUGUCGCCUCGGCCAGCAGCUGGACUGUUGCCUUCAUAGCGAGGCCAAGGAGUGGACGGUCCCCCCAGCCUCCCCCAUCCCCCACCAUUAUGCCGGCAUUUCUACCUCUACCCACAGAUUACCAGGCGUCCAGUGCCGUUCCCGGACACAGGGCAUCGAGGACCAAAGUCGCUCAGCGACGGCCAUUCCGCAUCCGUGGAGCAACUUAGAUCUGGUAGUGGCCAUCCCGUCACCGUCCCAUCAACCACUCAGUGACAUUCAUGUUUUGGAAUGUUUCCAACUCAACGUGACUUUAGCCGACGGCGGCUGGCGGACGAGGUUUCCGCCAAAAUACCUACAAGUUACAAUUGCAUCGGUUGGCCGGGUUUCUUCUCCCUCUCGCCUCACCGCAUCCAGGCCCGAUUUCGCAAACGAAACUCUCGUUAAACCAAAAACUACUCA